AUGGGGUCAAAGGGUGAUCCUAAGCUCCUUUGUGUAGUCGCUCAGGUCAGAUCUGUUCAACCCACCCUCAAGACAUGCGCUUAUCUCAUCGCCCUUACCCACCUACGUAUAGCUCAGUCCCAUAUACGCCCAUACUCCCCAUCUGCGCUCCCCAAGCCACAAUUUGCCCCGCCCGCAGCAACCCCGCAUGUCCCCCUCAAGCCCACUCCAUCGCGAAGCCGUUCCCCUCCCAAAGAUGGCGGUGGACCACGGCGUACAGGGGGUGUUCUGGUUUGCGGUGAUCUUGUGGAUUGGUGUCGAGCUAGGGAGGUGGGGAUUGCAGGUGCGGAGGAGGGGGCGAUGGUCAAAGUAGUACUGUAUGGCUGGCUGAGUCGAUGGGAGGAUGUACCGCCUGAUCUUGAGCUGCUCAGCUGGCUAGCCUUCCGCCGAGGCUUCAGCGGUGAACUCCUUCCCUCUCCUGACCCGUAUAGGCCCCUUCAGCCCCGCCCUCUCGUCCAGCCCCCUAGGUAUCCCUCCUUGGGUCACCUCCACCUUCCCUACAGCGACCUCAUCCCAUACAAUGUCCCUCACGGGGUCCAUCAAUGCCCGCCAAUCGGGGAACCGGGCAGGAUGUAG